GGGGAAGCUGGAAGGCAAGAUGGAGGCUGGUAGUUGCUCCGCGGUCGGUGUUGGGAACGGGGACGUGGGGUCCCAGCGGAACCGAGGCCUGGUACCCGAGCGGCUUCAGAGACGAGAACAAGAGCGGCAGCUGGAGGUGGAAAGACGGAAGCAAAAGCGGCAGGACCAGGAGGUGGAGGGGGAGACGAGCGACUUUUUCGCCGCCGCCUUCGCCCGGGAGCGGGCGGCCGUGGAGGAGCUUCUGGAGGGCGGGGAGUCCAGCGAGCGCCUGGAAGAGGCGGCCGCUCGGCUCCAGGGACUGCAGAAACUUCUCAACGACUCGGUUUUAUUCCUGGCCGCCUACGACCUGCGGCAGGGACAAGAGGCGCUGGCGCGGCUGCAGGCGGCCCUGGGCGAGCGGCGCCAGGAGCUGCAGCCCAAGAAGCGUUUCGCUUUCAAGACCCGGAGGAAGGAUGCUGCUCCGGCCGCCGAAGUAAACACGGCUGCUGGCGCCCCGGCGGCGAAAGGCAGCCGGGCCUCCCCGCCGCCCGUGAAGGAGGAGGGAGGCUUCGGCUCCAGCUACGUCUGCGGCUUCUCCAACGUGGAGUCGCAAGUGUUGGAGAAGAGAGCGGAGGAACUGCACCAGCGCGACGUCCUUCUGACCGGACUGAGCAACUGCACCAUCAAACUAUAUGGCAAUCCCAACACCCUGCGGCUGACCAAAGCCCGCCGCUGCACGGUGCUCUGCGGCCCGGUGUCCACCUCCGUGUUCCUGGAGGACUGCAGUGAGUGCGUGCUGGCCGUGGCCUGCCAACAGCUCCGCGUACACACUACGAGGGACACCCGGGUCUUCCUGCAGGUGACCAGCAGGGCCAUCGUAGAGGACUGCAGUGGGAUCCAGUUCGCCCCUUACACCUGGAGCUACCCGGGGAUCGACGAGCAUUUCGAGGGCUCUGGUUUAGAUAGGAGCAAAAAUAACUGGAAAGACGUUGACGAUUUCAACUGGCUGUCCCGGGACGAGGCCUCCCCGAACUGGAGUAUUCUUCCUGAAGAAGAGCGAAUGGUCCAGUGGGACUAAGCACUUGUCACGCUGUUCUCCAGUCCUGCCAGAUGCUUCCUGUUUUGGACUGACUCCACCUAAUGGGACCCCAAAGUUAACUUAUUGAGUCACACUGUUUGUUUUCAGUAUUCUAAAACUUGAGAUUGUGAUAGGCUUCUACUUGUGAUUUCCGUUAAAUUCAUGACAGAUGUAACACUUUAAAGCAUUUUUGUUAUUUUGGUAACGUCUGGGAGCUUUUAUUUGACUCUGAUAGUUUAAAGCAAUAAGGGGAAGAGCGUGGCUAUGUGCUCUCGUUUAUAAUGAUUUGUGGUAUUUAAAACAUUGCACGAUAAAGUAGGCCUUCAAUAAAUGUUUAUUUAGUAAAUGAAUUCAAGAGGGCUCUAGGAGCCAGUUAAUUGGAAGUAUGCUAUCAAAUCUAUGCAAAGUACCAUUAAUUAAGAGCCUUUUUGACUUGAAGGUUUGACUUCCCAUGUAUUUCUCAGCAGGGCGCUGGAAGGACUCCUUUUUGGUCUUCAGCUUCCUUGCGUUAGCUUGGGCUUCUAGAAUCCAGCUGCUUAUCCACUCCAGGAGGCUCAUGAGUCUUACCACUGUAAAGCCAAAGUAAUUGUGUAGUUACCAAUUUUUUGUGCAUUUGAAACGUCCUAGACGUGGUUCUAAACACUCAUAUAAACUUAUUAAGUCCUCAAAAUCUUAGGAGGUAGGUUUCGUUACCACCAUUUUUCAAGUGAGGAAACAGGUGAGUAGGUUGCCCAAUGUCACACAAGUCCACUGGUGGAUGGGAUUUGAAACCCGGUGGUCUGGCUCCAGAGCCCACCUUCUUAACCACUACAAGAUAGUGAUUUUGAAUAGUGUUAGUUGAGUUGGAAAGAAAGCUUCCAAAAUCAUUUAAGAGAGCAAAUUGCUUUUCUUAAAUUCUCAGGCGUAAUUAUGCUACAUGUUUGCCUAUGAAAAGAAUUGAGACAGACAUCUAGCUGAGUCUUAAUUUUUCUAUUCAUUUUGCUAUAAUUUGGUACUGUUAACUCAUUUGGCUUUUUGCUCUAUACACUACUAUCCGUUAUUCUUAAAUGUAAAGUUGUAAGUGUUUCAAAAAGCUUUUUUGGUCUAGUGGCCUUGUAACUGCAGACAUACUUAUUAAUAAUUACCACAAAUAUUAAGAUGCUUGAAGUGCCUGAAUUAUAUGUUUAAUAUUUACAUGUUCUAUUUUGCUCCAAAAAAGGAUUUAAAGUGGCCUCUAGGGUAUGUGAAAUGUAACAAGAUAACAAGAAUGAGAAGGAGGAAUAAGGGUAGAGUCACAAAUUGGAGGCAGAAAUGAGGCCAAUAAAAAAAUGUAGCCUGCCAAGCUCUAUUCCUUAGCUGGCGGUGAAUCCAGAUUUUUUUUCCCUCAACUGUUAGCUGACUUGAAAAAGGAUCCUAGUUAAUUUCACAAUUUGCAAUGUCCUUAAAAAAGAAGGAAAAAAAUCAGUUGCUUAGGAGAAUUCAUCCUGAUAAAUAAAAAGAGACAACACGUAAUGAAAUUCUCAACCAUGUCUUCACAUUAGAAACUAUGACCCGCAUUGUAAGGCUAUGCCCCUAAAGACUGAUAGGUUAACACCAGUGCACUUCAGGAAAAACCAUGCGCUCAUGGACUUGUAAUCCAUUUUUGUGGACUGACCACUUUUACAGGAAAGUUAACUAAUCACAUCUACAAAAAUAAAUUCUCUUGAACCUG